AUGCCGAAGAAGCGCGACUGGGCGGUUUGGGGGGUCGUUUUGUUCCUGGCCUGGCACGGCCUCCUCCUCCUCUUCCUCUGGAGCCGCCCGCCUUCCUCUUCAUCCCCUUCCUCUUCCUCCUCUUCCCUCCUCACCCACCAAAUCAUCCGCUUGGCUCAAGACGCCGAAACCGAGUUGGAGCGACAACGUCAACUCCUGCGGCAGAUCCACCGCUUCCCCCUCAUCGUCAGCCAAGAUUGUGGCCACGCCGAGACCUCCCGCGUCAUCUCCUCCUACGGUGACCUCGUCACCCACCUCCACCAACCAGACCUCGGGGACAUCCCGGUCCCUCCGGAACACCGGAAGUUUCAAGGUUACUACAAGAUCUCCCGCCAUUACCGCUGGGCGUUGGGGCAGGUGUUCCGGGUGUUCCGUUACCGUGCCGUCAUCGUGGUGGAGGACGACCUAGAGGUGGCUCCAGAUUUCUUUGAGUACUUCCAAGCCACCUUCCCCCUCCUCCAAACCGACCCCAGCCUCUGGUGCGUCUCGGCCUGGAACGACAACGGCAAAGAGCAGAUGGUCGACGUCGACCAAGCGGAGCUUCUCUACCGCACCGACUUCUUCCCGGGCUUGGGUUGGUUGCUCUUGGCUGAGCUUUGGGAUGAACUCGAACCCAAGUGGCCACCAGCUUUUUGGGACGAUUGGAUGCGCCAACCGGAACAGCGUCGGGGUCGUUCCUGCAUCCGCCCCGAGGUCUCCAGGACCAUGACUUUUGGUCGCAAGGGCGUCAGCCACGGGCAGUUUUUUGACCAAUACUUAAAGUUCAUCAAACUCAACGACCGUUUCGUGCCUUUUACCCAACUGGAUCUUUCUUACCUCAAAAAAGAAGACUACCAACAGGCUUUCCUCUCCAAAGUUUAUUCCGCCCCGGAAAUCAAAGUGGAAGAACUUCAAGGAAACCGGAAACGGGAACUGGGAACUGUCAGACUCCAGUACAAGGGGCGUGAGGCCUUCAAGGCUUUUGCCAAGGCCUUGGGGUUGAUGGACGACCUCAAAUCCGGGGUCCCCCGCGCCGGCUACCGCGGCAUCGUCAGUUUCGUCUACCGCGGCCGCCGCGUCUACCUGGCGCCCCCCCCUGACUGGACGGGCUACGACCCCACCUGGAGUUAG